AUGGGAGAUUCAACAAAGGUGGAACAUAAUGAAAUGCUUGAUAUAUUACCAGUACCUCCAACGGAUGUGGGGGGAAAAAGUGAGUUUUGGAGGAAAAAAAUAAGUGAAGUAGAAAGUCAUGAUGCCAAAUUUCUAAGAGAUGUAAUUAAAUAUCAGGUAUUACCAUUAGCAAGAGUUAAAAAGAUAAUGAAAAUAGAUGACCAAAUAAGGGAUCAAAUGAUAUCUGCUGAAGUUCCGUUAGUAUUAUCAAUUGGAGCAGAAUUAUUUAUAGAAGAACUUAUGACAAUUUCAUAUGAAGCUGCAACAGAACAUAAAAGAAAAACUAUACAAAAAACUGAUAUUUCCUUAGCUGUUAGCAGGAAUGAUCAUUUUGAUUUUUUAAUUGAUUUUGUACCUAGGGACAUAGCGUCGUCUAGUGACAUAGAUCAUGAAAAUAAAUUUAAUACUAGUAAUGGACAAAAUAUAGGAUCAUCUAAUAUGGUUAAUCAAACACAUCAACCAUAUAUGCCAGCAGGUACAAUUAUAAAUCUUGGAACUGUAAAUAAUGUGUCAGAGGAUGAUGUUAGAAGGAUUCAGGAUGCAAUAAUUAACGGUGGAACAAUAACUUUGCCUUCAGCUGGAAAUAAUUUAAAUGGACAACCUGUACAAUAUGUUGUAAACUAUAAUGAUGAAUCUUCUAGUGGGAUGGGUAAUGCAACUGUCCAAUUGGAAGAUGGAAGAAUAAUGCAAGCUACUCCAAUUGGCCCAUCAAUUGAGUUGCCAUCAUCAGCACCAAAAAAUAUACCUAUGAUAAAUGUACAAAGAUCAAAAAAUAAACAUUGUUAG